AUGCUGUCAUCAACUUUGUCUACGAACAUCCCGGUCGAUAAGUGGUUCUCGCCCUCUUACCAUCACUUCAAGGAGCGAUACGACCUCGAAGGGCUCGUGCAGGACAUCAAGAAGCACCUCGGAGAAUCAGGUGGUAUUUCUUCGGAAGAAGUUGACGAGGCUCAUUUGAUUUCUUUAUUGAAGAAAUAUGUCUCGGACCCCAGCGACUGGAUCGACUACUUUUAUAACGACACCAGCAAGAACUACACCCGAAAUGCCAUUGAAAACAUAAAUCAGAAGGCCAAUAUCCUUCUUCUCGUAUGGAACCCGGGCAAGGGCUCCCCUAUCCACGACCAUGCCAAUGCUCAUUGCAUUAUGAAAGUUUUGGCUGGCCGAUUAAACGAAACAGUCUACUAUACCCCAGAUAAGGAGUCCGGGGAAGAGAAGCCACUUGAGAUCAAAUCUUCCAAUACCUUUGGAAUGAAUGAGGUCACCUACAUCUCAGACGAUAUUGGUCUUCAUCGAGUCCACAACCCCAGUAGCAACCACGUUGCCGUCUCUCUACAUCUUUAUACGCCACCAAAUGCGGCUGACUAUGGCUAUAACAUCUUCAAUGAAGCAACCGGGUCUGCAAGCUUUGUUUCCCAGGCCCACUCGGUUCCCAAGGCCCAGUAG